UGACGUCAUCGCGGUAUGGGGGAAGGGAGUUAGAUUUCUAAAGAGCAAAGGUGUAUUUACACAGACUUUUACGUAUAGUUUAGUUAAAAAUAUCUUUGGACGCACUUGAACUAGAUCGUUAACGAUGGCAUGACUGUGAUCGUACGGUGACUUUUUUUUACCGUGUCAGAUUUAGGAUUUUGUUGCGUUUUGGUGGGAAUUCGACGGGAAAAAACUUCCGUGUAAACAAGAAAUAUGCCGAAGCUCGGUGUUAUUGCGAUCGUGCUCUUCGUAUUUCCUAUAGAGUUGAUGUCUAUCCAAGUUACAGUUAUUGAAACAGAAAGACGCACGACUCUGUUUGCUUCAGUUACUCUGCGCUGUGAUUACUCCACCUCUGCGAGUGCACAAGAUGUUCUGGUCACAUGGCGAUACAAGUCCUUCUGUUUGGAUCCAGUGCUGGAAUAUUACUCAACUGCGUAUCAAGCAGCUCUGGCACUGAAGCAGGACCCAGCCAAUGACUGUCAAGACAGUCAGCGAACUGUCCGCAUAGUGAUUCAGAAGAGGGGAAUGAAUGAAGCUACACUGGGGGCUGAGUAUCGAAAUCGCAAGAUCACCAUACAAAACAAUGCAGACCUGGUUAUCAAUGAGGUCAUGUGGUGGGACAACGGCAUGUAUUUUUGCGCCGUCGACGCACCAGGUGAUGUUGUGGGGGACUCUGACAAGGAAAUCAGGCUCAUAGUGUAUCACUGGCUGACAGUGCUGCUCAUGAUUCUUGGAGCUUUGCUUCUGAUCAUAUUAUUUGGCAUCUGCUGCUGCCAGUGCUGCCCUCAGUGCUGCUGCUGCUAUGUGCGCUGCCCCUGUUGUCCUCGAACCUGCUGCUGCCCAGAAGAUGCUGUGAUGCGCCACAGAAUGAUUCGUGAUGCUCAGAAGUCAAUGGUGCCAUGGUUUAAUGGCCAUCCCAUUUAUGCUCCUAUUGCCUCAAAUGCAUCUUCUCAAGGGAACCCGCUCCUGUAUUCAGGUUCUUUUUCUCAACCUCCAUCCAAAAACAACUAUCCCAUGGGCCCGAUGGUCAUUCCUUCCCCUCAGCCUAUCCCCCCCUUCGUACCGCCCCAUGGAUACCAUCCAAAUGACAGCAUGAAAGGGAGUAUACCUGGAAAUAACCAGAUGUUAGAUUUUCUCGAGAACCAGGUAAGAGGAAUGGAGAUGGCACCCACGAUGUUCCAGCCUCAGCAACAAUACGCACCAGUCCCGCUUGAGCACCAUCAACCUCAAUAUAUGGCUUCACCACCCCAGGCAGUAUCCUAUCCAGCCAGGCCGCCCAGCAUGCUGUCAGCCCUGGGUGACAUGGGUGUCCAAGGUGCGGAGCGCAGGGUUAUCCAGCUCCCUCCAAUCAUAGGCAGAGCAAAAUCGAGCUCUCGGCGGGCCAAUGACGGUGCCCAUGGGAGAUCUAGGCACUCUAGUCAGUCCAGUGGUAGUACUAACCGCAAUGGCCGUCAUCGUGAUGACUCCUGGAGGGAGCCGGCAUCUUCACGCAGAGGGAUUCCACGCAGCUACAGUGAUCAGUCAGACUUAGAUGAAAGACGUGGAGGUCGUGGUUCCACGGGACGCAGGGCACGUUCAGGUUCAGAUGAGUCUCGCCCACGCAUUCGCAGUAAAGCGGAGCUGCUGGAGGAGUUGGAGCGUGCAAAUCUGAGGGACAGGAGCUAUUUGCCUCCACGCAGGAGCUCCUGGAGUUCAGCUGAGGAGAAUGAUUAUACAAAAUCGAAGCGAUCUCAAGGGAGAUUGCUUGAGAAGCCUCCAGAUUACUCUACCAUUGACAUUUUGUCUGGCGACAUCAAGAGGAGCGACCACAUCUCAGAAAAGAGUUCACGCAGUGGUACAAGCGUCGUGAUCUGAAUUCUCAUCCUUCUAUCAUCUUUGUCCUUCAUUUCCAACCUGAUUUGUUACUACAUUUGCCUGUUUACUGGAACAGACUACUGUCAUUGGGAGUAAUGGUGCACUAUUGAGCAACAAAUAACAAUUGAGCACAGAUUUGACCUCUGGAGGCUCUGCAGCUUUGUUUUUAUCUGAUGUAUUUAAAAUAUUAUGUGAUCACCUUUAAACAUUUCUUUGUUUUAUACUGAUAAUGAAACUGUUUUAUUAUAGCUUGUUGAAUUGAAUUGAAUGUAGAAACUGUUUCUGUUAUGCUACAUAUUUCCAAGUGAAAACAGCUCUGUGAGCAAAAAACCAACAAUUGUAGGCAUGGACUCUCACCCCCCCCCCACCCCCCUUUGGGAGUGGGGGUUCAGAAAAGCUGGAGAGAACUAAAUAAAGGUUAUAAAAGGGUUCUUUUAGGAAAGAAGGUUCUUAAAAGAAAUCUCAAUACUCAAUUUUUAUAAUCCACAAAAUGGUUUUCCACAACAAUCAAUCGUUUGUGCAACAGAUUGGUUCUGUGGUUUUUAAAGGUUAUUUCUUUAUGGAGCCAUACAGCCAGAUGUAUGUAUCUGGCUGUAUGGCUCCAUAAAGAAAUAACCUUUAAAGGUUUAUAAUUUAUAGGAACCUUUUUUUUAAGUGCUGGUCUGAGAUAGAUUUAAAUGCAAAACUUUAGUGCAGAAAAAGUAAUUUUAUAGAGCCAAAUAUAUUUUUUUGUAGUUAGACAAGUAUCAUGCUUUAAACAAACGGGUUUUCGUGCUGACUUUAAAAAAAAAGAGUUUGCAGUGAAGUGAAGGUUGUACAGUAGUUCAAUUAAGUUUACUUUUUACUUAUAUUUGGUGUUUGUCUGUAGUACUUGUUGUUGGUUUGUUAUGUCUUUUUGUUCUGAACUGUUAUUCAAAUAUCAUGUUUAUAUAGGGAAAGAAAUUGUGUCCAUAUAUGUUUUAUUCUUUGCAUUUUCUUAAACAACAGACUUAUUUUAUUCAUUGUAUUGUUGUAGGCCAUGAACUGUACUAUCUGCAUUAAGGAGAAAUGCCUUUCUGGUCUUUGUAUGUCUCUUGCUGAAAUUGUUUUAGACACUGGAUGAAAAUGGGUGAAAAUUUUCUUUCAAAGCCUUUUAAAUUUUACCAUGCAUCAAUGUAACUAAAUCAGUUUUAUGAAAUACUUUUUUAUAUAUAUUAAAGUACAAUAAUAAAAAUAAUGUAUUCAAAAAGUAUAAAAACUUUUUUUUUUCAAAGAA